AUGGCGGAAAGUAUUUCCACUCCGACGAAGAUUUCUGCAAGAAAUCCAGUUUGCAGGCUAUGUGGUGGUUCCUAUGAGAGUCGCUAUAUGCUACGGAUAUUCAGCAAGGCCGGUUCAACUAAAGAUUUGUGUUCGAAGGUUAACAAAACGUGUGGGAUCAAAAUUUCUGAGGACGAUACGAGGUCAGCUAGGUCAACAGUGGUGUGUAGGACUUGCGUUGCGUUCGUUGAGAAAAUGGAUCAGUUCAUUCAAAGGGCCCAAUCUCUAGACAAUACGCCGUCUGAUCUAGUAAACACAGAAUAUUCUGUAAAGCGAUGCGUUCAACUUUCGCCGUCUUCGCAUCAGCCUUCGAAGCGUUUAUCGAAGGAUAUGCCACCCGAAAGCUCCAAUGUGGAUCAGCCGUCGAAGCGAAUCACAUCAGGUAGAUCUGCAAAACAGCUUUCCUUCUCAUCUCCGCCAGCCACGACGGCAGAUAAUUCCACAUGUACAACCACUUCUGCGAAGCAUCCCAAACGAAGUACAUCAAAUUCUGCAGAGGAGCUGUCUUUGUCAACUCCGCAAGAUGCUACUUUUCUGAUACCCAGAUCAACAGGAGAUGAGCUUGCUUUUAAGAGUACGUUUGCGGAUCAGCCGUUGGCACAAACCACAUCAAGUUCUGCAGAGCAGCCAGCUUUCCCGACUCGGCCAGCUACAACUGCAGUUUUAAUGCCAAAAUCAACAGGAUCUAGUAAUUGUACAUUUGAAGCUCAACCGUUGUCGGAUGAGAGACAGCAG